AUGAGUACGACAACAAGACCUUCACAAGCCUCCCUUUUUCAGGUCUAUCUGCGACUUCGCCCUCCCGUUUCGCAGCACCAGGAUCCUUAUGCUGAACGUUGUCUCGUGAUCGAGUCUCCAGAGGAGAGGACCAAUAAUACUGAGAGCGACGGAGCGCCCUCGGCUCCUAUUCCAACACACAUUAUACUACAGCCACCAAAUGAUGCCAGGAAGCGUGCGGUCGAGAAAUUCGGUUUCACCAAGGUUUUCGACGAGUCGGCUUCCCAAUUGACUGUCUUUGAGGAUACUGGGCUGGAAUCGUUGGUCAGAGGUGUACUGCUUGAAGGCAGAGAUGGGCUGGUUGCCACGCUGGGAGUCACAGGGAGUGGAAAGAGUCACACUAUCCUCGGCUCAAAGACACAGAGAGGUCUUACACAGAUGAGCUUCGACGUUAUCUUCCGGUCCCUAGAUUCAACAAUCAAACCACCCGAUAACUCCAUUAGCCCAGUCCUCCUGUCCUCAGUAGCCGCAUCAGAUACCUCGGAAGCCCAGUUGUUCACAGCGCAGACAUUCCUCGAAGCGGUAUAUGGCGAUUGGAGUGGCGACCGUGGAAGAAACUCUCGAGCACAAACCCCAAUGAGCUCGUCUAGGGCCGAAACACCCAUGACGGUACGGUACCCCAUUCCCUUGAGCCCGUUGGCAGGAAUUCAAACAUUACGUCCAUCCAUUCCGAGACGCGCACCCAAACCCUCUAUUGGCCCCUCAACCCCUCAAUCCCCCCUCAAAGGAGUUUCCCCUGGUCCGCGCCGCACCUGCCGUACUGGUCCAACGGCUCUCUUCAAGGAAAGAAUCGGCCGGAUCAUCCUAGGUUCCCCCAAAGCACCUUCAUUCACCGCCACAGAUAGGGACCCAAUCGAUUAUACUAAACAAUCUUCUCACAUACUUCAGGAACCGACUCCUGCCCUAAUCUUUCCUCGUCGCAAUAUGCCUCAGAAGCCCAGCGCUUUGCCUCGUUUGCCGGAUGUUAGCCACUUGACCGUCGAACUUAAUCACAAUUCCGAGUACAUCGUCCUAGUUUCAAUGUAUGAGGUGUACAACGAUCGAAUUUUCGACUUACUUUCGCCUGCUGUCGUACCCGGUCAAGGAAGCGCCAUGUCGCGCCAAGGGACAAAUGCCCAGAAAGACCGCCGCAGACCCCUUCUGUACAAGUCGACCGAAGGAUCCCCUGACAGAAAGGUCGUGGCCGGACUCCGCAAGAUUGCUUGUAGCACAUACGAAGAGGCUUUGGCAGUCCUCGAAGUCGGGAUGACCGAGCGUAGAGUGACAGGGACUAGUGCUAACAGUGUUAGUUCCCGGAGCCACGGAUUCUUCUGCCUUGAAGUUAAGAGGAGGAUGAGAAAUAAGAGGACAGGAGAAGAAACAUGGAUUGGAAACACGCUCACUGUUGCAGAUCUUGCUGGUUCUGAGCGGGCGAGAACCGCAAAGACGGCGGGAUCUACCCUGGCGGAAGCCGGUAAAAUCAACGAGAGUCUCAUGUAUCUGGGACAAUGUUUACAGAUGCAGAGUGAAAUCCAAGAAGGGAAGACUGCUCUGGUACCUUUCAGACAGUGCAAGCUGACGGAGUUGCUGUUUUCGAACUCCUUUCCCUCCUCAAAUCAGAUGCCUGGUUUCAGCCGCCACCCGCAGAAAGCGAUCAUGAUCGUUACAGCUGAUCCAUUGGGUGAUUAUAAUGCGACGUCGCAGAUCCUACGUUAUUCCGCCUUGGCUCGCGAAGUAACCGUUCCCCGAGUGCCAUCUGUCACCGAGUCUAUUCUGUCCAGCACGCUGGGCUCCUGCAAAGGAGCCGCCAGUGGACGCAACUCGCCCAACCUAGCCUUGAGCGAAGAGCUCGAAAAGGCAGCUACCGAGAUUGCACGACUAACUUCUGAAAAUGAGACCUUGGCCGUGCGACUUGCAGAAGAGGAGAUCAUGAGAGCCGACCUGGAGAUGAGACUMAAGUCAAGUGAGGAAAAGUGUCUUCUCAUCGAACAGGAGGUGCGAGAGGAAUGCUGGGCCGACAUGGACGAGCGAAUGGAAGAGGAGAGGAAGAGGUGGCAGACUGCGUUUGACGAACAGGUUGGCCGCAAUGAUGAACAUCUUGAUAAGAAGAUUGACUUGUUGUCUCGAGGAUUCCAAGUCUAUGAGGAUCCCGGCUCAGCUACCGAUCAGCGAGUAGAAGAACUGGAACUGGAGAAUGAUCAGCUGCGAAGCAGAAUUGCUGCCCUGGAACGCGAACUCAUGGGCCGCUCACCCACCAAGAAGCCGAAACCUAAGAACGUACUGGAGUCUUCACAUGGUUCCAAUCACCUUGGUCGUGAAAGUGACAUCGAGAGCGCGCUUCGUCGUAUGGACCAGCUGAAAUUAGCUGACAGCAUGUUCUCUCCUGCCACUUCUGGAAGCUCAUCCCCCGGCAAGAAGCACAGAAAAAUGGCAACAAGAAAGUGGGAUCUUGCCCCUGAGGAAGAUAUCUAG